AUGGCACGCUUACGGGCGCAACUGGCAGAAUUGGAGGCAGCGGAACAGAAGAAGCCUGCCAUGGCAGCACAGGAAGAGGACGAGCCGGAGGAGCCAGAAUUCAUGCUGAUGGCGCAGCCAGCUCGUGAUCGAGACGAGCUGGACUUGCGAAGGGCCUCACGAAGGCUAGUGUUCCCAGAAGAUACGCGGCGGGAAGACGGGCCAAGAAGGUUGCACGAUGGACUGCUAGGGCCAGGCAUGGUAUACGACUGCACUGCAUGGGAAUGGCAGGAGCCCACGGCGAUGGAGAGGGAACUGGCCAUGGGGUUCAUGGAGGACGCGACAGCACAUCCGGAAGUGACAGAGGAGGAAAGGAGGAGAGCGCUGGAGAGAGCUAUGGAUCUUAAUGUGAUGCACUGGCUAAUAGCGACCAUCAGAAUGUAUCAUUAUGAGCUGCGCUGGGAGCAGAAAAGGGAUAAGGCGGCGGCAGUGCAACCGCCGACAGAAAGAUCAGCGGCGAAGGAGGCCCUAGCACGGGCCAUGCUAGGGGAGAUUCAGGAGCACAAUCAGCUGCAGCAUGAACGCGGGCAUCUGUUGGAGAGGCGGUGGGUCUACCACUGGGAAGAGGAGGACGAGAGACCAAAGGUCUACGCAGAACAGGCAGACAUUUUGCUCCCAAGGGAUCGAGAGGAGGAAGCGGUGGACAAGAAGCGCGAGGACUUCAACUGGCUAGAAGAAGUGAUCGAAAGGCAGAGGAGCAGGGAAAACUACGAGCAGGAAUUCGGGUCUGCGGACUUCGCGCUCAUGGCGGCAACCUAG